ACAAACCGCCCAAAUUUUCACAAAUUGCGCCCAACUUCCAAAUACCUUCAAAAAAAAUUUCGCGAAAAUCUUUUCCGCUGAAAACUUCCCCUUCCCUCCACUGCCUUCCAUCUUCUAAACUUAGGGUUAUCAGUUUAUCAAUUUUCUCUCAUCCUCCAUAUUGACACCAAAAGAGCUUGAACUCGAAGCGCAGAAUUCUGGUGCAGGGUGUGAUUAAUUCGCCAAACGGUGAUCGGGUUUUCAUCCUGGAUUCUUGAUUUCACGGAACUCCAUUGCAUCUGUUUCAUCUCAAAUCAAGGUGAAUGAUCCUAAUAACCAAAGUGAUGAAAGAAUCAUAGAUGAUGUGAAAUCACUCGCAUUUGGUCCAAUGCCUAUUGCAAGAAGAUUUCAGGCUUUCAAUAUGAAUAAUGGUUAUAAAUUCCGUACUAAAGAAUAUGAGAGGAACAAGAAGACUUAAAAUAGUGGUGUGAUGGUUGUGGCAAAGACACAAAGUUACGCUAGUUCAAGAGAUACACGAACUAUAAUGGGAGACGUUACAUACUAUGGGGUGUUAACUGAUAUUAUUGAGUUGAAUUAUUAUAACAGGUUUAAGAUCGUCUUGUUUAGGUGUAAUUGGGUGGAUGUGAACCAUGCGAGUGGAAUUAAGAAAGAUAAGUUAAAUUUUACCCACGUUAAUUUAUCAAGCUCGAUAGAUUCUGAUGAGCGUUUAAGCGAUGAGCCUUUUGUGUUUGCAUCUCAGGUUCAACAGGUUAUUUAUGUACAAGAUCGAACACAAAGUGAUUGGUUUAUUCCUGAACCAAUAAAGCCAAGAGAUACUUUUGACAUGGGUGAUGAUAGUGUUGAACAAGAUUUAUCGGUGGAGAACGAAUUUCAAGCAUCAAGUUCAGGGCAACAAAAUGUUGAGAUUGAUAUUGAUGACAUGACAUGGAUGUACAAGGAAUAAAUGUUAGAGUGCCGUAAUAUGUUAGAAUAAAGAAAGAAAUUUCACUCCCUUUUGAAAAACAUACAUCUAUGUGCCCUUGAAUUGUGUUUGCUAUCAAUAAUAUUUUGAAUUGUGCAAUGAA